ACUGAUGCUAGUGAGAAGAAGGAAGAGGAGGAGAGAGAGAGAGAGAGAGAGAGAGAGAGAGACUGGAUAGAGCUAUUUACUGGAAGGAGGAAAAAUAAAGACAGUUGGCAAUAUCCGAAUGGGAAGCUCCAAUCUACGAUCGGAUCACAGUCUGAUCUUCUUUUCAUCUCCAAAGCUUUGCAUGAACGGAGGAAGGAGGAGGACACGGCGGAGGAGAGAGAGAGGGAGAGGGAGGGAGAGAAGGAUGCUGUGAUGCGCUUGUACAGGGAGGGAUGGAGGGAGAGGGAGGGCAUCUGAAGAGGCUUGUUUUGUCCGAAACGGAUGUUUGCUGUUUACUUGCCUGCUAAUCACUACAGAGAUGCACACUACAGAUUUCAACAGCAAACCUCAUUCUUCUUAAAUUGGGACACAAUGCAAUAGAGUCGGAUUUCUGGAUAGGACGCGCGCGCGCGUGUGUGUCCGUAAGCGUGUGUGUGUGUAUGUGUGUGUGUGUGUGUGUGUGUGUGUGUGGUGUGCUUUGAAAAAGCAGAACACGCUGCAUCCCUCACCUGUGAUCUCAGGCCUUUUGCGCAUUGAGGAUCCGGUUUAUGUUUCCAAACAGCCUCGUUUCUGGGCUUGAUCCUAGCAGGUGAUGACUUUCAAAAAGGACGCUGGUGAAGUGAUCGAGGGUAGGAGAGCUGAUGCGUACGCGUAUACGUGUAGAAACCAGCGAUAUUAACUCGUCCAGGCUGUACUUGGACUAUAUGCACUGUGCGUAAAGAAUAGCGUAGUGUGUGAGCACGCAUGUCAUUGGGAUUAUGAGCAUCAGCACGAUUGGUGGAAAAACUUGCCAGAUCGGAAUGAAGAGCACAGAGAUGGGAUGUGCAACAACAUCCUUGUGUACAGGCCUGGCCACAUGCUGACGCUUCAACAACAACGUAACGGGACUCUUGUGAGAACCUAUAUAGCCUCAUCACUCAUUGUAGACCACGCAGGGAUGUUCUGAGGAUAUAUCUCCAGAAGGUUACAAGUUAAAUCUGUCAUUAAAGCCUGUCUCCGCCAUGUCAAAAGACCCGACUUGCAGCCAGACGGCUCAGUAUGUAGGGCCAUACAGGCUGGAGAAGACACUGGGGAAAGGACAGACAGGGCUGGUGAAACUCGGGGUGCACUGCAUCACGGGCCAGAAAGUGGCCAUCAAAAUAGUGAACCGAGAAAAGCUCUCGGAGUCUGUGCUCAUGAAGGUGGAGAGAGAGAUAGCAAUCCUAAAACUAAUUGAGCACCCGCAUGUUUUGAAACUGCAUGACGUCUAUGAGAAUAACAAGUACCUGUAUCUGGUGUUGGAGCACGUGUCUGGCGGCGAGCUGUUUGACUAUUUAGUGAAAAAAGGAAGACUGACCCCUAAAGAAGCCAGAAAGUUCUUCAGGCAGAUCAUCUCAGCUCUGGAUUUCUGCCACAAUCACUCUAUCUGUCACCGAGAUCUGAAGCCAGAGAAUCUCCUGCUGGAUGAAAAGAAUAAUAUCAGAAUCGCUGACUUCGGCAUGGCCUCCCUACAGGUGGGGGACAGUCUGCUAGAAACAAGCUGUGGAUCUCCACAUUACGCUUGUCCUGAAGUGAUCAGAGGUGAGAAGUACGACGGUCGGCGAGCGGACGUGUGGAGCUGUGGUGUGAUUCUGUUCGCUCUACUUGUGGGUGCACUCCCUUUCGACCACGACAACCUGCGACAGUUGCUGGAGAAGGUGAAGAGUGGAGUAUUCCACAUGCCCCACUUCAUCCCGCCUGACUGCCAGUCUCUACUUCGCGGCAUGAUUGAGGUGGACGCGGAAAAGAGGCUUACGCUAGAGCAAAUCCAGAAGCACGCCUGGUAUCUGUCAGGCCGUAAUGAGCCAUGUCCAGAGCAGCCGCCACCGAGGCGCAUGUGUGUGAGGAGGAUUCUCUCUCUGACUGAGCUGGAUCCGGACGUUUUGGAGAGCAUGCACUCUCUGGGAUGCUUUCGAGAUCGAGUCAAACUGACCCGAGACCUGCAGUGUGAAGAGGACAACCAGGAGAAGAUGAUCUAUUACCUCUUACUGGACCGUAAGGAGCGCUAUCCCAGCUACGAGGAUGAAGACCUGCCACCCAGAAAUGAUGUAGAUCCUCCACGGAAGCGUGUGGACUCGCCCAUGCUGACCCGUCAUGGCCGCUGCAGGCCAGAGAGGAAGAGUCUGGAGGUGCUGAGUGUGACGGAGCAGGGCUCCCCUACACCCCCCCGCAGGGCGCUGGACACCUCUGCACACAGCCAGAGAUCACGAUCAGUAAGUGGAGCAUCUACCGGUCUCUCCUCUAGUCCUUUAAGCAGUCCCAGGAGCCCAGUGUUCACAUUCAGCCCAUCUGAAGUUGCCACUGCCACCAAACCCCGCACUGCGAGCUCUCGCGAGUCUAAAACCCAGACUUUGCCAUCCAAAACUCCCCCUGAGCGACCCCGGCUCCACUCCAUGAAAUCCCUCCCGCUUCGCUCCUCUUCCUCACGCUCACCCUCCCCUUCCCCGCUCCUCUCACCAAUCCCUCGCUUCCUCUUUUCCCCUGCCCCAUCAGCUGCGCUGAAAUCCGUCACUAAAUGCUCCUAUCCGAUGUCCCAGGUGACCCCUCAGGGUUCGCCCCUGCCCACACCUCUGGGCACCCCCGUCCAUCACCCCCACCCUCCCCCUUCCUCCUCCUCUUCCUCCCGUGCUGAAGGAGGAGGUGUUGGCUCGCUCUCGCUGACUCCACCCACUAGCCCAGGAGGAGGCGGUGCUGGCAUGGCAGCCAGCAGCUCUGCCCACUGGAGGUCCAGAUUCAAUUCAUUCAAGAACAACCUGCUCGGCUCGCCGCGCUUCCACCGCCGCAAGCUGCAGGUUCCCACUUCUGAGGACAUGUCAAGCCUUACACCAGAGUCCAGCCCUGAGCUGGCGAAGCGCUCCUGGUUUGGCAACUUUAUCAGCUUAGAGAAGGAGGAGCAGAUCUUCGUGGUGAUCAGAGACAAACCGCUCAGCUCAAUCAAGGCGGAUAUCGUACACGCCUUUCUCUCUAUUCCGUCCCUCAGCCACAGCGUGGUCUCCCAGACGAGUUUCCGGGCAGAGUAUAAAUCUUCUGGAGGUCCUUCUGUAUUCCAGAAACCUGUCAAGUUUCAGGUGGACAUUGCCUUCUCCGAGGGAGAGAGGGAGAGGGAGAGGGAAAGAGAGAGAGAAGGAAAGAGGAGUUACGGAAUCUACAGUGUCACUUUCACCCUCAUAUCAGGCCCGAGCCGCAGAUUUAAGAGAGUGGUGGAGACGAUUCAAGCCCAGCUGCUUAGCACACAUGACCAGCCCUCAGUACAGGCUCUCGUGGCAACACGACCCGUUUUCGCUCUCACAGAUGAGAAGAACGGCCGUCCUCAUGGAACACCAACCAGACAGAACUCACGACGCUCAGAGGGAGGAGCCGACCGCUGCGAAUGGGUUGAAAGAGGAGAGGGUGGAGCCUUACUCCAGAGAAGAGGUUCGGCCAAAGAGAGGACCCGUCUGCUGUCAUCUAAUGGGACCCAAUCACAGCCUUGAGAAGACGUGCACACCAGUCAUCAUUAACCAUGGCACAACACUCAUAAAAAAAAACCUCAUUCGCUCUCCUGCUACACUACAGCAUGAUGGUAAAGUCUUGUGAAUUUUUAAAGAGGUGCUUCUUAAACUAAAUUCUGAGAAAAUAAACAGUUCCACUUCAUCCUGAAUUAAACAAGACAAAGAGCCAGAUUAGGAAAAACGUUGUUCAGCAAUGUGAUACUGCAAGUGUCAUCUUCAAUCCCAGCGUCUGAGUAAUAUUAUAAUGUUCUAUAUGUGAUGUUGAUGGGCAUUACGACUCACUUAAGUGAUUCAAUUCCUUUAAUUUGUUUUAAUAGAACAGCCUCCUCAAACACUAUAUGGGUGACAGUGUCGACAACUACAGUAACCUACAUUCAUGGUUUCACAUAUGCCUAUGUCAGUGAUGGGUAUUAAGACAAAGUUUGAUAAAUGAAUCAAUUAUUAAAAGAUUAAAUAGGUUAAAUGGUUUCUUUUGUGGCAGACAUAAGACCAUGAAAAAUGUAAAUAAUAAUGAAAAUUAAAAUGCACUCUGUAGGUGAUGGGCAUAUUUCUUUUGAGGAAGAGCUAAUGUAGUGACCAUUUGCAGUCUUGUUAGCACUAUCAAGGCUUAGGUGAAGUAGUUAUAGUUAUAUAAAGAAUAACAGACAGCAGACCAGAGAAGCAUUUUAAAAAUUAGCACUAAAAGAUUGCAUUGAAUCAAUGUAAGGUAGUUGCAUGAGUUGUGGUGGCUCAGCAGGUAAGGCUUUGAGUUACAGAUCAGAAGGCUGUGUGUUCAAAUUCCAGCACCAACAACCUACCAUGGUGGGGUCUUUGAGCAAGACAUUUACCUUUCAGCUCAGUUGUAUCAAGUGUAAGCUUUCUUUAAAAGCAUCAGCCAAAUGAGCAAAUGUACUGGGUUAUGUGUUAGUUUGUACCAAGUUAAAUAUUACAGUACUUCACUGUAAAUAUGUUGAUGUUUACUGGUGUUUACAGUAUAUAUAUAUAUAUAUAUAUAUAUAUAUAUAUAU